AUGUCAGCCAGCGUGGAGGACCGAUUUGCAAAGCUAUCGCUCAGCAGCGAUGGCAAAAGGAGUGAAGACUCAACUCGCAUUAUUCUGGCAACUGUUUAUCCGAAGCCAGGAAAGACAGAGAGAAUCAUUGAGCUCUAUCAACCAAUUAUUAAAGAUGGAGCAGACAAGGAACCUGGAUGCUUCCAAUUCCAGCUCUUCGUUGAUGUCAAUCCCGAAACAGGCAAUGAGGAGAUUUUUACUAUCGAAAAAUUCAAGAACUUAGAAUCGCUGAGGCUUCACCAACAAGGAGAAAGUCUAAAGGAGUUCAACAAAAUUACUGCCGCGGAGGGCCUUCAUGCUAAGCCAGUUUUGGUGCAUGUUGUCAAGCCUGUUAGCGGAUUCGCUAUCUAG